UACUGACGACUGUUUAUCGGUACUUGGAUAUGUCUACCCUGCUACUGGCGGCCUGUGUCUGCCUGAUGACGUACUGGUACCUGCAGACCCCCCGCAACCUCCCGCCCGGACCCUGGGCCUGGCCCGUCCUGGGGAACAUCCCCUUGUUCAUGAAGUCAAAGUUUGACUUCUUUCCCGACACCAUCACCGACCUGGCCUGGCAGUACGGUGACGUCAUGACGUUCUGGAACGCACGUGACCUGAAUGUCGUCAUCAGCGGGUACCGGACGAUCCGGUCAGUCCUGGUUAAGAGGGCCGAGGACUUCUCCAGUCGGAAGGCUCCCCCUGUACUGGUGGAUCUACGCGGGGAUGGGACGGCUAGAGACACCACGAAAGGUAUAAUUUUUGCCGAUUUUGGCUCGGACUGGAAGCAUCAGCGGAAGUUUGCAAUGAAGACCCUCCGAGACUUCGGCGUCGGCAAGCGGAGCCUGGAGGGGAAGAUUUGUGAGGAGGCCGCUGCUCUUAGUCAGGAACUUGUGGCGAAAGACGGAGAGCCAUUCAACACCAAACCUCUGUUACAAAACUCUGUUUCUAACAUCAUCUGCUCCAUCGUGUUCGGGAAGCGGUUCGAGUAUGGCGACCCCGAGUUUUUGUGGCUCAGUCAUCUCAUAAGCGAAGUGGUAAAUGCCACACCCGGUAAGGAUAUCCUCAUCAACAUCCAUCCCGUGUUCCGACACCUUCCCUUCGGGUCGCAGGAACAUCAAAAGUUAGCAAGGAACUUUCCAAAACUCCAGGCCUUUUGUGGGGAACAGAUCAAGAAGCACAGAGCGACCUUUGACCCUAACGACAUCCGGGACUUCAUCGACGCCUUCCUGCUGGAACAUCAGCACGCCGGGAGGGAGCAUGCGCAGUACAGCUUCACAGUUGAACAACUACAGGAGCUGGUGCUGGAUCUGUUCAUGGCUGGUGCCGAGACGACCGCCACGUCCUUGCACUGGGCCCUGCUGUACAUGCUGCUGAAUCCGGGUGUACAGGAAAAGGUUCAAGGAGAGAUCGACUCUGUCCUGGGACAGGCUGUUCCGUCCUACUCCCUCCGGGACAAGAUGCCCUACACAACAGCGACCCUAGCGGAAGUACAGCGCAUCAACACUGUUGCACCCUUCAGCGUCCCCCACUCUUUAUCAACGGGUGCCUCUCUCAACGGUUACACCAUCCCAGCAGGCGCCAACAUCUUGGUGAACCUGUGGUCCGUGCACAUGGACCCUCAGCUGUUCCCGGAACCGGACAAGUUCAAUCCCGACAGGUUCCUGGAUCAGGACGGGAACUUCGUGAAGCACGAGGCGCUCAUCCCGUUCUCUGUCGGUCCUCGAGUGUGUCUUGGCGAACAGCUGGCCAGGAUGGAGAUUUUCCUGCUCUUUGUUUCCCUGCUGCAGCGGUUCACAUUCAAGCCACCAGAGGGCGUCACUAACUUGUCCACGAUCGGGACCAUGACAGGCAUAGUGAACGCCCCUCGUCCUUACGACCUGUGCGCCCUUCCACGACAGUAGCUUGCGAUCGUCUCUAAUCGUUGAUAAAGGAAGACACGUGGCCUGUUGUAUUUCUUCAUAUAACAAGUAAAACUUUUCAAACAUGCCUAUAGGACACCCCUGACAUGCGGUGUUCUUUCUCUAAAUCAACAAACAUCAAUUAACAAAAUCCCUCCGGUAAACUGAAGUUGGCAUAUCGCCAGCUCUUGCACAAGAACUUCAAAUUAAUUGAUUGAAUUGAUUGGCCGACAGGCUGAAUAAAAGUUAAAAAAUUGAACUAUGCGGCUCCAGAUGUCUUUCUGAGGGAGGACUGCAGUGUGCAAGAUGUCGGUAGCUUGAGGGGUGAAUCUACUCUACUAUAUACAACAAAUUAAUUGAUUAUUUAGUAUAUCCUUCUCCGUAUGUUCUUCAUAUUGGAUUAUAACAUGUUCUAUUAUUUUCAUUUCUUUCUCUCCAGAUGCUCUAUAUAUGAUAUAAUGUGAUAUGAUAUGAUAUGAUACGAUAUGAAAUGA